AUGGUCGAAACCCUCGAGGCGCGCUACCAGGAGACACUGGCAGCCACCGAAUCGCUCCACGAAAAGGCCCGCGUGGGCAUUGAUCUUCUCGAGGAGAUGCUGUCCGAGUUUGAGGUCCGAGCCUACAAGCUGCGAGAACAAGGCCUUGCCAACGCUGCCACCGCAGCCGAGGCUUUCAUGGAUGAGGGCCGGCGAGUCGCAAACGAGGGCAUCGAGCGAGCCAGGGGGGUUGUGGAUGAAGGCAUCGAGCGUGCCAAGCGAGCCGCCUUGUCGCUUGAGGAGCACAUCCAGCACGCCGUCGACCUGGCGAGAGAGCGUCGCCUCCUCCUCUACGAUGACCUGCCCAUGCCGUGGCGCAACAACCCCCACAUCCUCAAGGGCUACCGCUUCACUGAGACCAAGCUCGAAUGCGUGCGGUCCAUGUUUGACAUUUCCAACGAGUCCUUCAACAUCUGGUCUCAUGCGAUUGGCCUUGUCCUGGUUCUCGCCGUCGCCUUUUACUUCUACCCCAGCAGCGCCAACUUUGGCCUGAGCUCCACCAGCGAUGUCCUGGUGGCGGCAGUCUUCUUUGUCACCGCCUGCCUGACUUUGGUCUGCUCCAUCGUAUGGCACACCAUGAAUGCCGUCGCAGACGUGAAUGUCAUUUCCAUCUUUGCCUGCGUCGACUACACAGGUAUUUCCUUACUGAUUGCAGCUUCCAUCCUGACAACCGAAUACACGGCCUUCUAUUGCGAUCCUGUGAGCCGAUGGACCUAUAUGACACUCACCGCGCUCCUGGGCGUUGGCGGCGUCGCCCUGCCCUGGCACCCGACCUUCAAUGGCGCCGACAUGGCCUGGGUCAGGGUCGCAUUUUACGUCGGCCUUGUCCUGACCGGGUCCAUGCCCAUCCUGCAGCUCUACUUGACGCACGGGUCCGACUUCGUCAUCAACUUCUACUCGCCCAUCUCAAAGUCCCUUUUAGUCUACUUCGGAGGAGCAAUCGUCUACGGAAGCAAGAUCCCCGAGAGAUGGUUCCCCGGCGUAUUCGACUACAUUGGGGGAAGUCACAACCUUUGGCAUGCGGCCGUGCUAGGCGGCAUUCUGUUUCACUACACGGCUAUGCAGCAAUUCUUUUCCAACGCUUUUCGCCGCUUCGAGGGCGGCUGCCCUGCCUCCUAA